AUUACUGGACUGGACAUUACGUGACUCAUCGUGCGCAAUGAUGUCAGGAAUAUCGGUGGUCAGGAAAAUAUCACAGUCACCCUAAGAAUCUGAAAAAAGGACGCAAUAUUUAGUGGUUAAUUCAACCCUAUAACUGCCAUAGAUAAAAAAGUUUAAGGGUUUCACAUUUAGCAGGUGAGGAAAAAGUUUUAAUUUAGAGAAAAUAUUGAAAAAGUGAUCAGUGAGUUAGUUAUGCUAGGCUAACUUGCUAGCCUGCUAUUGACUCCGAUAAGCUGGACAUGCUGCGCAGUUCGGUGUGUUUUGGUUCCGUUAGCACUAAAAUAGGACAACCUGCACAGCAAGUCAUCAGUGGAGCAGGAGGUUCAAUCAGCUAAUAAACUGUGUUCAGGUCAAAAUAUAUCAAAAUAUAUUAAUAAUGACACAAAAACAUCAAGCCUGACAGCGUAAUGUAACGGACUGGAUGUUUUGUUUUGUGUUGAAAAAUCCUUGCCCCCCCUUGCCACCACAGAGAUAUUUUUCUAGAUCUGCCCCUGCCAGUAUAUUUGCUGCAGCAGUUUUCUGGUCCUGUAUAAUUGCUGCAGCAGUUUUCUAGUAGUAGUUCAGCUGCCAGAUGAGGGCGACUGUCUCAGUGCAGGUCAGGACUCCAGUCAUUACUUUGCCUCCCAGGCGGACGGAGAGACGAGGUUGUGAAACACUGAACUUCCUGCCCCCCCUUCCUCUCUCUCUCGGCCACGGCUCUCCUUUCUCUGCCUCAGUGUGCUGAAACCAGAUGUGUGGAGGUCGCAGCAAGCCGUGGAGCUGCUGAAGAUCUGUGCUUCAUUUUGAAGAGACGGAGGUGAACAAUAGCAACAGCUUCAGGCUGCAGACAGACUCACUCACGGUGGCGGCCAUGAAGCUCUGAAGUUUCUCAGCUGAACCGGUAAAUAAGACGUUCAGGACCCAUCAUGGCCUCUGUCGGAGCGGUUCCGGUCCUGUUGCUCCUCCUGGUGUCGGCCAGCAGCUCCCGCUUCAUGGUGAAGGUGAACCCUGGUGUGCAGGUCCUCCGAGGUCGCUCGGUGUCCAUCACUGAGUCAGACCUGGAGAUCCAAGUGGAUCCAAGCUCCGACUGCAAGGUUGAGGUGGUACAGAACGAGCCAGUGACCCAGUGGGUGGGGAAGUUGACUCCACAGAUGUUUGACUGCAUUUUCCUGAAGGAUGAGGUCAGAUACGUUCACAAUGGGAGUCCUUUGCUGGACGAGGACUCAGUGGUGCUCCGAGUGUAUUGGUUCACAGCUUCGCACAUGCAGGUGGAGACAGUGGUGCUCAGGGUCCAGGUGGUGAAUGGAGGGUCCAGUGUGGUGGAGUUGGGCGGCAGUCCUCUGGUGGUUCCUCGGUUCUUUGGAUUGUCCAACGCCCUCAACAGCACCGUACUGAACAUCAGGACCCAAGAGGACCUGAUCUGCACCGUCAGGCUGAUGACCGCAGAAACCAAGUUCCCAGCGAUCGGUCGGCUGGUCAAUCGGGACAACUCAGGUCUCCGGAGAGGCCGGCAGGUGGAGGAAGUCUGUCCUGGAAACAAACCGUGUCUCCACCACACCACCGAGGUCCAGUUCCUUAAAACCAGCUGCCAGAACUUCCUGAGUUCCGGUCUGAGGUACCAACACCUCAGUCCUCCAUCCCCUGACACAGACUACAUCCCAAUCCGGGUGGAGCUGAGGGAGCAGGCAACUCGGAAGCUGGUGGAGUCACAGGCGCUGUGGCUGCCGGUUCUGAUCCAAGGCGCGGUGCAGAACCAGCCCCCCAAGCCCGGCUUCAUGGCCUCUUCCAUCCUGGAGGUGGACCAGUUCAUCCUCACCCCGAUCAGCACCGCCACGCUGGACGCCACCGACCCAGAGACGGUGCAGGACCGGCUGGUGUUUAACGUCACGGCGCCCCCUGCAGAGGGCUUCGUCACACACCUGGAGGACCACACCAGGCCGGUCGGGUCCUUCACCUGGUUGGACCUGCAUGACAUGAAGGUGGCCUACCAGCCCCCCAACAGCAGCCAGAGCCUCCGCCGAAACCUGCAGGUGGAGUUCCAGGCAAUAGACGGGUUCUUUACGAGCAGCCCGUCCAUCCUGGUCCACCUGUCCAUCAGGAUGUCAGAAACAAACGCACCUCGAGUCUCCUGGAACAUGGGUCUGGACCUGCUGGAGGGUCAGUCCCGACCAAUCACCUGGGGGGAGCUGCAGGUCGUGGACAAGGACAACAUCAACGCCGUUCACCUGGUGGCUGUGGAUGGACCGGCGCACGGGCGCCUCAGCGUCAGAGGUGUGAAGGCCUUCAUGUUCCAGGUGCGGGACCUGAAGGAGGGCGUGGUCAUCUACCAUCACUCCGACAGCGACUCUACCCGUGACCACAUCAUCUUCCGCAUCAGCGAUGGCCACCACAGCAUCCGCCACAAGUUCCCCAUAAACAUCCUGCCAAAGGACGACUCCCCGCCGUUCCUCAUCAACAAUGUGGCGGUGGAGGUGCCGGAGGGCGGCGCCGUGCGCCUGCAGGAGUACCUGCUGCUGGCCACCGACAUGGACUCCAGCGACGACCUCAUCCGGUACCAGAUGGUGAGCGCCCCUCGCGCAGGCCGGCUGGUCAGGAAGAGCUCCACCCACCAGACAGGUGUCUCUGUGGACAGCUUCCUGCAGAGAGACCUGAUUGAGGGGCAGAUCUACUACCAGCACUCGGGAGACGAGACCUUUGAGGACUCCUUUGACAUCUUGCUCUCUGACAGCCACCAGCCGCCCAAUCUGUCACAGACAUACACGGUGGUGGUUCACGUGUUUCCGGUGAAGGACCUGCUCCCGGUAGAGGCUCCUGGUACCGUCCGGUCUCUGGUCGUCAGGGAGACUGAGGUGGUUCACGUCUCGCAGUCUCAGCUGCACUUCACAGACAGAGAAAAUCCAGACUCCGACCUGACCUACAUCAUCAUGCUGCCCUGCUUCAGCCCACUUCAGCCUGGACUGAUGGAUGCAGGUCGUCUGUUCUACGCAGACAGCAGCAGCUCCAUGAAGAAGGACCCGACCGUUCCGGGUCUGAAGUCCUUCACUCAGGACGCCGUCAACCACAGGAAGGUGGCCUUCAUGCCCCCAGUGGAGGACAUUGGCCCUGACCCGCUCUUUGUCCAGUUUGUGUUUUCCGUCAGUGACCCGCACGGCGGUACCGUCUCUGGCCUAGUCUUCAAUAUCACCGUGACCCCUGUGGACAACCUUCCCCCUGAGGCCUUCACCAACCUGCUGCGAGUGGAGGAGGGCGGCGCGGCCUUUGUCACGGAGGAGCACCUGCUGGUCCAGGACCGGGACAGUCCUGAAGAGGAGUUGAGGGUGGAGGUGCAGAAGACGGCACGCCACGGCUGGUUGGAGCUGCGGGGUGGAGUUCUGCUGCAGGGAGGCAGGUUCAGGCUCCCUGACCUGAGAGGACUGCAGCUCAGGUACGUCCACGACGACUCAGAGACCAGAGAAGACCAGGUGGGUCUGAAGGUGACGGACGGGCAGAACUCCAUGGACAUCGUGCUACAAGUCCAGGUGCGACCGAUGAACGACGAGCCCCCCCGGCUGGCUGGGGGCCUGCGGACAUCCCUGAGCUGCGAGGAGGGGGGGCGGGUCCAGGUGACGGCGGACUUCCUGUCGGCCACGGACCGGGACGGCGACGACUCCAGGCUGGCCUACAUGCUGGCCCGGAGUCCUGGGCGGGGGGAGCUGCAGAGAGCCGGCGUAAAGACGGACAAGUUCUCCCAGCAGGACCUGCUGCAGGGACACGUCCACUACGUCCACUCAGGUGCAGAGAUCGGACCCGGGCCGGUGUUUGACACGGUCACCCUCAUCAUCUCUGACGGGGAGGCCGGCGUGAUGGAUGACUGUUGCCAUGGAGACGCCCCGCCCCCACCUGUCCCUCUGCACGGCACGCUUCCUGUUUAUGACCUGAACAUCACGGUUCUUCCUGUGAACAACAAGGUUCCUGAAGUCACUCUGGGUGAGUCCUUGCUGCUGGUGGAUGAAGGCUCCAGGGCCUGUCUGUGUGGGGGGGUUCUCGGGGCCUCAGACCCAGACAGCAUCCCCCAGGAUCUGACCUUUCACCUGGAGGCUCCGCCCCUUCACGGCUUCCUGGAGAACGUGCUGCCGAUGCCGGGCUCAGAGAAGAGCGGCGCAGGGAUACCCAUUGAAUCCUUCAGCCUGACCCACCUGACUUUGGGCUUCAUCAGGUACGUCCAAUCAGAGCACAGAGGGGUGGAGCCAACGGCAGACCAGAUGUCCAUCAGAGUGAGUGACGGCACAUUUAGCUCCGCCCCCGUCCCUCUCUACGUCAUCAUCAACCCGACCAAUGACGAGCCGCCUUCCCUGCUGCUCGCCAACUUUACCGUGAAGGAAGGCGGGGCUAAGGAGCUGACUCCGCCCACUCUGGACGCCUGUGACCUGGACGUCCCGGCCGACCUCCUCACCUUCCAGGUGGAGCGCCCCCCGAGUCACGGCCGGCUGGUCCGCAAUACGCAGGGUUGGGCGGGCGCCCGGGUCACGACCUUCACCCUUCAGGAGCUGCGUCAAGGCAUGACGGUGCUGUACGUGCACGACGACUCGGAUACCCUGGAGGACAGCGUCCUGCUGCAACUGAGCGACGGCGUCCACUCGGUGGGGGGUGCUGCCCGGGUCACGGUGCUGCCGGUCAACGACAACACGCCACACCUGGUCAGGAACGCCGGACUGGACCUGGACUCUGGGGAGCGCAGAGUGAUCUCCGGAGCGGUUCUGGAAGCCGCCGAUCUGGACACACCUGCUGGCCAGGUGUUCUACUUCAUUACCGCCGCACCACGAUUUGGAAAACUGCUGCUGAAGACAGAGUCCAGCUGGGCGGACCUUGAAGCGGGUCAGAACUUCACUCAGGAACAGGUGGAGAUGAACCGGGUGUGGUACCAUCACAGAACCAGCGGCGUCGGGUUCAGAGGUCACGACAGCUUCCGUUUCAUCUUGAGCGACGAGGACAAUGAGUCUCCAACUCAGAGCUUCCUGAUCUCCAUUCGCACGGUGGACCCAGGUGAGAUCGUGCUGCAGACCCGGCCCGUCCGCCUGCGGGAGGGGCAGCGGCUCGUCCUGAACACCGACGUCCUGCUGGCGCUGGACUCGGCGGGCCGACCCGAGGACUUGGUGUUCGCCGUGUCCGGCCACGGUCCGGCGCCCGCCCGACCGCCCACCCAGCUGGACGUGGCGGCGCACCGAGUGUGCUACACCCACAGCAACGACCACGACUCGGACGCCGACUCGUUCAGCUUCGUCGUUACCAACGGCGCCUCGUCCCGCGCCGGCACGCUCCUCUUCACCAUCGAACGCAGCGACCGCAUCCCUCCAACCCUCGGCGUCAACGCCGGCCUUCGUCUGCAGGACGGCUCCGUCGCCGCCGUGACCCCCGACCUUCUGCGGCUCACCGACCCGGAUACCGCAGCGUCCAACCUGACCUUCAUCGUCACGCUGCUGCCCAGGUACGGAAAGCUUCUGCUGAGGGGAGCGCCGCUGCCUUCGCCACCCAGGUUCCUGCAGACCGACAUCGACCAGCUGGACCUGGCUUACCGGCACGUGCCGGGCAGCCCGGCGCGGCCGGACCGGUUCUGCUUUCUGCCAAGCGAUGGAACCAACAAAGGCUAUCUGGAGUUUGGCCAGCUGAAGGAGGAGCCUGCAGUGUUCAGCAUCCAGGUCGAACAGGUGGACCGGGUCGCUCCCAGUCUGGACCACCUGGAGAGUCCCAGUACCGUGACAAACCUCGGCGCCGGCCGCUACGGCAUCUUCAUCACCAGCCGACACCUGCGGGGCUCGGACCCGGACAGCCCAGCAGAACUCCUGGAGUUCUCCAUCAUCACGCCGCCUCAGUUCGGAUCCUUGGAGAACGCAGCCACAGGCUCCACCAUCAGCCGACGUUUCACCCAGCGCGAUCUGGACCGGCGCUCCGUCCUCUACGUCGUCCCGGUUGACGUGGACGUGACGGCCGACGGGUUCUGGUUCCGACUCGUGGACCCGGCGGGAAACGCAGCUCCACCUCACAGGCUGGAGCUGUUCUGGUCCCGGGUCCAGCUGUCAGCCAGCUGCUACAGAACCUGCGAGACUUCGGGAACUCUGCAGAUCCAGAUCCAACGUGGCGGGCGGAGCGCCGACCCGGCUUACGUUUCCAUCCAGGUGGAGGGCGGAUCGGCCAAAGCCGGCCGGGAUUUCACCCACAGCUCGGCCGCUCUGAUCCAGUUCGACACAGGUGUGAACGUGAAAACCUGGAGCGUCUUCCCAUUGGAUGACGGCCUGGAGGAGAACCACGAGGCCUUCAGCGUCGCUCUGAGGAAUCCUCAGAACGCCGUCCUGGGUCAGAGAAACGCCGCCGCCGUGGAGAUCAUCGACCCCCGCGCAGGACGCUGCGACCCAGAAGACCUAAAGGUACGGGCUCCUCCUCUUCCUCCUCAUCCUCAACCUGAGGAAGAGGAGGAUGAAGAUCCAGUGACUGAUAUCGAGGCAGAACUUCUUUGGGAGAAACAGCCCCACCCUCCCAGAGGAGACGUCCCGGACCGCCGGCCCUCCCUGGACGAGGCGGAGCCACAGGACCAGGCGCUACUUGGAGACACCCACAGCUCAGAGGGUCACCUGCAGGGAGCACGCAGUGGGAGCACUGGGAGCACUGGGAGCACUGGGAGCUCUGGGUUACAGAAGGCGCUGACCCCGUCCAGCGUGUGUCCUGAGGGCUGGACUGCCUACAGGGGGCGCUGCCACACAGUGAGCCGGUCCGUAGCCAGCUGGGCCAGCGCCCACAGAACCUGCUCUCUGCUCUUCAACAGCAGCCUGAGCAGCGUGCGCUCCAGGAAGGACGCUGCCUGGAUGUGGAGGCUGGCGGGGAGAAAGUCCUUCUGGAUCGGUCAAUCUGGAGGUCACGACCUCUGGGUGUGGGAUGAAGGUCAUUCAGCCAAAAUCCAGGGGGCGCAGGUGAGGCGGGAUGAAGCUGGCUUCAGCUCAGACUGUGUGCUGGUUGAAAACCCCAGAAGAUGGAUUCCUACCAACUGCUCAGCUGAAGCCCAGCAUUCGUUCAUCUGUUCCUCAGAGAUGCCGUCGUGAGACGUCGCGCUCACGACCUGCAGCGACCUGCAGCUGGAGGUCAAACAAAAACAUCAUCUGGUCCAGAUCAGCCAACUUUCAGCCAGAGAAGAAAUUAAAUAAAAACAUCAUCAGAUUCA